UCUCCAAGUGGGGUGGCUGCUUCUCUCUUCCUUGUUCUUGAUGCCCUUCUCUCUCUCUCUGCAUGGCAUGCAAAUGCACCUUCUCUCUCAUGGCGCCCCUGACCCCGGUUGCUGCCUGCUGCUCGCCCGGGGUAUUAUUAAGAAGGUGAAGAGUCGCCUGAACUGAAGAAACCCAUUCGCCUUCUUUGCUGCCGUUUUAUUAGGAAACGCCCCUCUUUCCAUUUCGCUACUUUGGAGAUAGUUUGGUGUGCAGGCAGGAGUUCGUUCCUUGCAGAGUUGCAAUAUCUGUCUGUCACUCAUCAGUUCUGUCUUAAGCCCCUGCUCUUUGUUCAGAGUCUUUUUUUAGAUUAGGAGGAGCUAUCUACUACUAGUGCUGCUGCUACAAGCCAUUGACAAGCUUGGAGCUUGCUAGUGCUAGCUAGCCUCAGCCUGUGGGAGGAGGAGGAGGAGGAGGAGGAGGACAAUGUCCAGUAGUAAUCCAUCCUAUCAGCAGCUGGGGCUGGAUGCCAUGAGCUGCUGCUUCGUCACCGGCGGCGGCGGUGGAAUGGUCGGUGGUGCAGAGGUGGCGCCGUUCUUGUGCGCGAACGUGGCGCAUGAUGGCGGGUUCGGUUUUGGGUUCGGCGAUGUGGACGGCGAGUUCUUGGUUGGCGGCAUGAUGAUGGUCGCCUCGCCGGCCGCGGCCGGUGGCGGCGACGAGCUGGCGUGCGCCGUGCCUCUGCGGCUGGGGAGCGGUGGGCAUGGCGAGAGCAUGUCGGAGGACGGGGUGCAUGCUGCUGCCGCGGCCGCUGCCGCCGCGGAGAGCUGCAGCACCGUGCACUCGGCGGUGAUCCCCGCCGCGGCGGACGCCGGCUCGGUGGAGUUCGGGUACGGCCCGUCGUCGGGUGUCACCAUUGCCCAGCCGUCGAGGAUGGGUAGGCUCGCCAGAGAGGCGCCGUGCGGUGGCAGCUGGAUCUAUGGAGGGCCCGGCAACGGCGUUGCGCCGUUCCAUGAUGCGUACUACCCGUCAGGGUUCUCCUAUGGCGCCGGCGUCGGCUUCUCGAACCCGUUCGCCGCUACCUCCGCGACGGCGCCGGAGGCGAGCGAGCUGUCGCUGAGGCUCGGCGCCAAGCGUUCGUCCCCAGGCAGCAUGGCGAACGCGUCGUCGGAGGUGAGCUGCUCCGGCCUAACCCACGUGAGCAGCGGAGGCGGCUUCGGCUACCACCAAGCGGCCGGCGGCGCCGCACUGUUCCACCCUCCUCACGGCGACGGCGAGCUAAGGCAGGUGUACCAUCCCCAGGCGCACCCGACAGCACCUCUGCAUUUCUCGCAGGUGGUGUCGCGGUCAGGGCUCGCGCACAUUGCGCAGGAGCUGCUCAACGGGUUCGUCGCCUGCCUGCUGCAGGACGUCGCCACCGACGCUGCCAGCGGCAUCGACGGCGGCGAGGCGAGCCCCGCUCUCUCCUCAGCCCUCUCGGCGAGGACGCCACCGGAGGAGCAACCGUACGCCGGCGCGAGGUGGGCGGCGGAGGCGCGGCGCCUGAGGAAGCUACUCCAGCUGAUGGACCAGAAGCUCAACCAAUGCCUCGACGAGAUGCAGAGCACGGCAUCGAAGUUCAACAGCAUGGUGCGUUCCGGUUCCGCCAUCGCCACCGGCGGCGGGCUGUCCGCGCCGUUCGCCGGCCGCGCGGUGGCGGCGGCGUACCGGAGGGUGAGGAGGCGGGUGAUGGGCCAGCUCAUGGCGGCGGCGACGCAGCAGCAGCAGAGGCCAACGGCGGCGUUGGAGGAGAAGGAGCGGAGCUGGGAGUCGUCCUUCAUCCAGAAGCACUGGGCGCUGCAGCAGCUCCGGCGCGGCGACCAGCAGUCGUGGCGGCCGCAGCGCGGCUUGCCGGAGAAGUCCGUCGCCGUCCUCAAGGCCUGGAUGUUCGAGAAUUUCCUCCGACCGUAUCCAAAGGACAGUGAGAAGGACAUGCUGGCAGCAAGAAGUGGUCUGAGCAGGAGCCAAGUCUCAAACUGGUUCAUAAACGCCCGCGUCCGACUGUGGAAGCCGAUGAUAGAGGACAUGUACGAGGAGCUGAAUAAGACCUCCGGAGGCAGCACCGAUGGAGUAGCAGAAAUGGAGCAAUUCAGCAACAAAGGUGGUGUCAUCACUUAGAAAGUCUUUAAGUUUCAGAUGUGCAAAAUCUGAGCUUUUGCCUUGUGAGCUUCUUCUGCAUGAGCAUUGUGUUGCAUCAGGUCUGCAGCCAAGGGCCAGCAACUAGACACUAGUGUCUAUCUAUCACUCAUGUCUAUGGCUACACUGAUCAGGCCCUAAUCUAAGAAACCUUGUCAUUGUUCCUUGCAUAUAUAUUAUAUAU